AAACAAACUACGAUCAAACUAAUCAUUAUUAAAUAAAAAAGAAAAAAGGAUGGAUGCGUAUGAACUGUUUCAAAAACUUUCUAGUGGUGUAAAAUUCGACAAAAAGCGUUUUCAUGUCGAAGCAGAAAAAUUUCAGUUUUAUAAAUGUUUUGUUUGCCAUAGCUUGUAAAAAAACAGACUGAAAAUGGGUUCCAGCAUAAAAAGAAAAUCAAUACCUUGGAUAACGUAAAUUCUUUAAUGUUGCCCGCAAAAAGAAAAUAUGACGAAAUUAAUGAAGAAACAGAAAACACCAAUAGGUUAAUACUGCUCGAUGGAAUAUCUGUUCCUAAAGAUGGUAGUAAAAUAAAGUCUAAGAAAGCUAAAGAAUCUUUGAACGAAGAGAAACAAUUAAAGCUGAAACAAGAAAAGAUUAAUCAAUACCGUAAUCAAUAUCAUAUAAGUGUGACAGGAGGUCGUGUGCCUGAUCCAAUAUUACAAUUUACGGAUUUGUCUACAACUUACUCUGUACCUGAAAGAUUACUAAACAAUCUUGUAGAAUGCGAUUAUGUACAUCCUACGCCAAUUCAAAUGCAAGCUAUGCCUGUUAUGUUACAAGGUAGACAAAUAUUAGCAUGUGCUCCAACAGGAUCUGGCAAAACAGCUGCUUUUUUGUUGCCAAUAAUAUACCAUUUAAGUGAAGCACAGAAGAAAGGAUUCAGAGCUAUUAUUUUAAGUCCUACGAGAGAAUUAUCUAAACAAACAUACAGAGAAUGUGUACGUCUUAGCGAAGGCUAUAAUUUGAGAGUUCAUAUUAUAAGUAAAAUUAACCAAGCAUUAAGCAAAUAUGGGCCUAAAAGUUCACAAAAAUUUGAUAUACUAAUUACUACACCGAAAAGAAUAAUAUUUCUUUUAAAUCAGGAUCCACCGGCUGUGUCUUUAACAAAUGUUGAAUGGCUGGUUGUGGAUGAGGCAGAUAAACUUUUUGAAGAUGGAACGCGGUGUUUCAGAGAUCAGUUGGGAGAAAUUACAAAAGCGUGCACAAACAAAGAUUUACGCGUGGCAAUGUUUAGUGCAACCAAUACUCCCGUAGUGACAAAAUGGUGCAGACAUAAUUUGAAGGGUCUUAUAACAGUUACCAUUGGUCAUAGAAAUGCUGCAACCAAUUUAGUAGAACAGGAACUUUUAUUUGUUGGAACAGAAAGAGGGAAACUCGUAGCGAUUAGAAAUAUUAUUCAAAAAGGAGUAUUGCCACCUGUGCUUGUGUUUGUACAAAGUAAAGAAAGGGCACAAGAAUUAUUUAACGAACUUAUAUAUGAUGGAAUUAACGUCGAUGUUAUUCACGCUGAUAGAACACAGACACAGCGAGAUAACGUUGUUCGUUGCUUUAGAGAAGGAAAGAUAUGGGUUUUGGUAUGUACAGAAUUAAUGGCAAGAGGUAUUGACUUUAAGGGUGUAAAUCUUGUCAUUAAUUAUGAUUUCCCGCCAUCUGCUAUUUCUUACGUUCAUAGAAUUGGGCGUACCGGGAGAGCUGGACAUAGAGGAAAAGCGAUUACUUUUUUUACCGAGGAAGAUACUACAAACUUGAGAAGUAUAGCUGCCGUAAUGCGUGAAUCUGGGUGCAAUGUUCCUGAGUACAUGUUAACUAUGAAGAAGCAUACAAAAAAGGAAAGACGAAAACUUGAACGUAGAGCUCCUACCAGAGAAACAAUAUCUACAAUACCAAAAUUUAAUCGGGUACAUAAUAAAGGAAAAAUAAGGAAACCAAUAAAAAAAACUCCCGAUAUUAAAUGAAAUUAAUUUUGGAUUAAAUUAAAAAUAAAAAACAUUACGAAAGUCGUAAAAAUCAUGGAUACCAAGGUAAUAAUUUAUUACUGUUUCCAAAAAUUUGUAAUUAAACA